UGGCGAGCCCCAAGGUGCCUUCUUGCAGAGCUGGCUGACUGCGACCCCUCAUCAGGGGCCUCGCCCCACUCCCAGCUGAGCACUGUCACCCCAGAGGACCUGGGGCUUCUGGAGGAAGGGCUGGCCAGCCCUGAGCCCUUGAGUCUGGAGGAGGUCUCGGAGAGGUAUGAGUCCAGCUGUCCGGCAUCCACUGCUUCCAUUCUGGAACAGGACACCCCCAAGCGCUGGAAGCAGCUGGAGCAGUGGGUGGCUGACCUGCAGGCCGAGGUGGUGUCCCUGCGGGGACACAAAGCCCGCUGUGAGCGUGCCACGCUGCUGCUGCUGCGGGAGCUUCUGCAGGUGCGGGCUGGCCUGCAGCUGCAGGACUCAGAGCUCAAGAAGCUGCAGCAGGAGGUGCAGCAGGUGGCUCAGGCCCCCGAGAAGGAGGCCCUCCAGUUCCCCGGCCUGAAGAGCCAGAACCAGAACCAGAUGCAGGCCCUGGACAAGAGGCUGGUGGAGGUCCGGGAGGCCCUGACCCAGAUCAGGAGGAAGCAGGCACUCCAGGACUCUGAGCGGAAGGGCGCCGAGCAGGAGGCCAGCCUCAGGUUGGCUGAGCUGACCGGGAAACUGAAGCAGGAGGAACGGGACCGAGGGGUAGCCUGCGGAGCCCUGCAGAAGAGCCAGGAGGAGGCCAGCCAGAGGGUGGACCAGGAGGUGGCCAGGAUGCAGGCCCAGAUGACCAAGCUAGGGGAGGAGAUGAGCCUCCGCUUCCUCAAGAGGGAAGCCAAGCUAUGUGGCUUCCUGCAGAAGAGCUUCCUGGCCCUUGAGAAGAGGAUGAAGACCUCAGAGAGCGCGCGGCUGAGGGCAGAGAGCGGCCUGCGGGAGGAGCUGGAGAGCUGGUGGCAGCAGCUCCAGGAGCUGGAUGCAAAGCGUGUGCAGGCCCUGCGGGGACAGUGCCAGCAGGAAGAAUGCCACCUCCUGGAACAGUGCCGGGGCCUGGACAAGGCAGUGAUCCAGCUGACCAAGUUCGUGCAGCAGAACCAGGUGUCCCUGAACCGUGUCCUACUGGCCGAGCAGAAGGCCUGGGAUGCCAAAGGGCACUUGGAGGACAGCAGGGCCGGGGAGCUGGCUACCUACCUGCAGGAGAGCCUGGAGGCCAUGCAGCUGGCCAGCGAGCUGGCCCAGCAGGAGACACACAGCGCCCUGGAACUGCUCCGAGAGAAGAGCCAGGCCCUGGAGGCGUCUGUGGCUGAGCUGGUCAGGCAGGUGAAGGACAUGAGUGACCACUUCCUGGCCCUGAGCUGGAAGCUGGACCUGCAGGAGCAGACGCUGAGCCUGCGGCUGCACAAGGCACAGAAUGAGUGGGAAGUCGCAGAGAAGAGAUCUCGGGAAAGCCUGGCCCGGAGUCGAGAGGAGGCUGAGGCGCACCUGCGAGAGGUGCAGAAGAAAGUGGACAGCCUGCCCCGGCAGAUAGAGGCUGUUUCCGACAAGUGUGUCCUUCACAAGAGUGACUCCGACCUCAAGAUCUCCACCGAGACCAAAGCCAGAAAGUUCGAGGUUGAGGCCAUCCGGCAAGAGCUGGCCUCUCUUCUGUCCUCUGUGCAGCUGCUCAGAGGGGGCAACCCCGGGCGGAAGAUUGCCGAGAUCCAGGGCAAGCUGGCCACGGUACCCCUGGGCCCCUAGGU